AUGAUGGACAAGGGAUCGGGUGCAACCAAUGACACGCAAGCUCUCAAUAUUGACGACUACACCGCCGCGCUUGAAUUGGACUUCAUCACGUCCAACUUUGUCAACAACCAGCAACACGACAUUACCAAUUUUGGAACUGGACAAGACGGGCUUGAGCAGGAUUUACAGGGUGUUGGUUAUAUUGAAUCUCUUGGUGUUCUCAAUGUUGAGUCAUCUCAUCAACAAGAUGCCUUUGCACUUGCCCCCGCCUCGACCGCUCUUGGUGGCCAAGAUGUCAGCAUGGAGUUUACCCAAAGGCAACCUGUGAAUAACGUUAACCAGUUCGACGAGCCUGGCGUUUUCAUGUUUUCGGAAGCCUUGGGUGAUGGAGAGCCUAUGGGACACCUGUUCGGCAACGACCUAGGUAACAACAUACCUUCACUCCAACCUUCAGAUACCACAACGCCGCCGAAGAUCGGAACUCGCUUCUCAUCCAAAUCCCUUCGUAUAUUGAAGACAUGGCUUGCGAACAACAACCAUCAUCCAUACCCAACUACCGAGGACAUGGAGAUGUUGCAGCGGCAGACUGGCCUCAGCAGACAACAGAUUACCAAUUGGCUGGCCAACACACGCAGACGGACACGAUUCAAAGUGCCGCCCAAACGGCCGCCCUCUCCAGCGAUCACUUCUUCGAGAACCAUGCCCAUCAACAUUCCUCCAGGCUCCGGCCUUUCCGAUACUCUCCAAAACUUGAACCCGAUGCAGAGAUGGCAGGUUUCGCCCCCAGAACAUGAACCUGCGUCUGUUUCGGCAAUUGCCAAUGCUGUAUCUGGGUUUUCGUCAGAAGGAGAGGAUCUGGGCGACCGAUCCUUGACAGAUACCAUUCCAACGCGAUCAUUUUAUGGGCAGUCGUCUGCGAGUAGCGCAGGAACGUCGCACUCUAGCAGAAGCUCAGCGAACUCGGCGUACUCACACAACUCUCGCACGUCUCUGAGAUCUCUCGAACCCCUUGGAAAGAGCGCAGUCAAGCGGAGAAGACGUCGAGCGCUGGCAAAACGCCCCGAAGCCAAAGGCACGGGAACCCUAUGGCAGACCAGCAAUACGUAUCAAUGCACGUUUUGUACGGAAACAUUUAAAACCAAGCACAACUGGCAGCGUCACGAGAAGUCGUUACAUCUAUCCCUCGAGCGGUGGGAAUGCGCCCCGACCGGCGCGACUGUACCCGACGCCAGGGGACAGCCGGUGUGUAUCUUUUGCGGCGAAGCGAACCCGAGCAAGGAGCAUCUAGAGAAGCACAAUUACCAGGCAUGCAGGGACCGCCAGCCUGAAGAUCGUACCUUUUAUCGAAAAGAUCACCUGCAGCAACACUUGAAACUGGUUCAUGAUGCCAAAUUCUUGAGGUGGCCUAUGGGAGACUGGAAGUACGAAAGCGAGAUUAUACGUUCCCGGUGCGGCUUCUGCGGCCACACGAUGUCCUCGUGGACAGAUCGGAUAGACCAUUUGGCCGAGCAUUUUAAAGAUGGAAAGACGAUGGCAGAUUGGCAUGGUGACUGGGGAUUUGAUGAUAAUGUCUUGAACAUGGUCGAGAACUCGAUGCAGCCUUACAUGAUUCACAUGGAACGAAACUCACCUUGGCCAUUCACGACGAAACAAGGCGUCCCAGAGACACCACCAAAUGCGUACGAGCUGAUCAAGUUGGAGCUCGAACACUUCUCUGCCGAACACCAGAAUACAAAUGAGCAGAUGCCCACAAACGCAGAACUUUUAUAUGAGAGCUGUUGCGUCAUCUUUGGAUGCGAUUCAAUCUCAUUUUCCAAGAGACCUGCAACAUCAACCCAAAGCUGGCUGCGAGAUCUGCUUAUGUCGUCCGAGGCCAUCGUGCAGCAGGCGCGCGUCCGACCGAUGAAGAAUAACGCAAAAUCACGAUUUACAUAUCUUAGCAUUAACGGCAAAGCGUGUAUCUUCGAGGCCUGUGGAUUAGAAGAACAACUACAGAGUUACGUGGAGAUUUCGAAAUUGAUUGAGCCACAAAUUUCGGACGAAGAAUUGCAAAGGGAGGCCUGCAAUAUUGUCAAUAGAAUUGAGGUCUCUUCGCCCAACCCGUCAGAGACCUUUAUGAACUUUUUGUUCAGUCUCAUCAACGGAUCCUCCCACUGGCUGGCUGCGUUUCGUCACAGAAUUGGACUGUCACCAUCGGAGGCUUCAAGUGCUCUCCCUCCAUCCAGCACAUCUAAUGCCAUUUUUGGCGCCAUCCCAGCUGAGCCCGGUCUCGAAUUCUCAGCUGCAAACCUUUCCUCGGGAAGCACACCUGAUCCGUCACAAGCGAACGCCGCCGGUGGCAACGCAGGCGAGAUCAGCAAAGUGUACUCGACCUCCACGUUCUUCGUCAACGACGACAACUGCUACAGGAAACUGAUGAAGGAGCUCACUCGUUUCGUGACGAUUACUACAUCACCACGCAAUCCAAACAGGCGGAUCCCCACCGACGCCGAGCUCCAGCAUCAGGCAAGGUGGAUUUCCUUCGAAGAUGACGAUCCUUGGAAUCAGACACCAGCGGACAACCCAGACUGGCUUCGUGACUUCAAGCGAGAGAUGGGCAUUCUUGACGAUAUUCCAGUGCCAAGUCAUCCAUGA